UGUAUCUAUCAGUCAUCAUGUAUUCUUUCAUAAGAAAUAAACUGCGUAUAAAUUUUUACAAAAUCACUAUAGCUUUAAUUGGUACCAUGGAAGAUAUACCUAGUGAACAUAAUUCCGAUUAUAUUAACUACAACGACGACUUUUCCAGUACACAAAAGAUCAUGCCUGCAACACGAGAAAUGGUCGAUCAACUGAUCGCUUCAGAUCAAAUUGUUAUAUUUUCCAAGACGCGUUGCCCGUAUUGUAAAAUGGCAAAACAAGUAUUUGAAUCGUUGAAAAAAGAAUAUACUGCCAUUGAAUUGGAUGAAAGGGAUGACGCAGAAGAAAUCCAAUCGAUAUUGGGAGAAAUAACAGGUGCGAGAACAGUUCCUAGGGUAUUUGUUAAAGGAGAAUGCCUUGGAGGAGGUACUGAUAUAAAGAAGCUUUAUGAUAGCGGAGAAUUACAGAAUAAAUUUUAAAUUGUUGGUAAAGAGCAUGUACCUGGUUUCUUUAUGUAAUAUAUCAAAUAAUCAUGAUACCGUGCAUUCUAUACUAUGUUACAUAACAAUAGUAACUGAAUUCUAUAUGUAAUAACAAUUCCAAUAAAUACUUUGACUUAAAAGUA